UCGCCGGGAGUUUCCGUUAAAUCACAUUCAGGCACCAAGACUGAACAAUGGUUAACAUGAGCUAUCAGCAAUUUUUACUAAAAUAUUUACAUUCUAGUUCACGACAGUCGAGAAGGCGAGCAAAUAAAAGAAAAAGGAAUCAUUGGGACAAAUUAUCUCCAACGAAUUUUCAAACUUGAUUAAAAGAAAACUCGAAAAGGUCCAGUUUGAACAGUGUGGCCGAGUGUCUGUGCAUUGCGACUGAUUGGCGAGAUGACUGCCGAGUGGCUACACCUGCCCCCGCCGUACCCCCCUGGUGUGGGGCCGUUGUAUGGUGCAGAGUUGGAGGCGUGGUAUGAAGACUUGCAAGAUAUUCUGGGCUCUGACACGGGAGGGGCAAAACUGGCACGCGCCCCCACAUACAGCGAGAAAGAGCCAGAGUUCUUGGAUGUUCUGGAAAGUUGUUCUCUCACCUGGCUGACUGAUGGAAAUCAGUCGAUGAGUGAAAGCGUCCACAGAACAACAGAGGAGAUCCAUACCGCCCAGCCUCUGCAUCACACCUCAUCCUCUUCCUCCUCAUCGUCCUCUUGCAUGAGUCCAGCUGUUGCAGAGGAGCGGCAGGUGGAGGCUGACAGAGGGAGAAAUGGGGAUAGCUCGACAGGAGGCAGCAGUGACUUGCUGCCUCCUGAGUUCUUCGAAUUGCUGAGUGAGGGAGGAGUCGGAACGAUGGACUCAAGUGGAGCAGUGAUCAGCAGCGGCUAUUAUUACCACCAUCAACACCACCACACGAGUCAUGUCCAGCCCGCGUCCCCCUCAGCCAGCGAGGAGGAGUUGCCCUGCGUCCCAGAUUCUCCAUCGUGCUCCUCUUCAGCAUCCCAAUCACCAUCUCAAAAUUGUUCUCCUCCCUCGUCGCCGGUUUCCUCUCCCUCAGUCUACCUGUCCUCUCGGCUGGGAAAACGUAAGAGGACCGCCGGCGAGAGGGCCAACAGUGCCUUGUCCUCUUUCUCCUCCUCGAUGCAGAGGUCACCCUACUCAUCUACCAAAAAGAGUCGCAAGGAAAGAGAGCAGGAGAACGAAAGGAAAGUGCAAGAGCUGACAGAGCAGAAUGAGCGCUUAAAGGCAGAGAUCGAAAGGCUGGGAGAGGAAGUGCAGAGGACACGGAGAGCUCUGAUUGAGAGGCUCGUCAACACCAGAAAAUGAGGGGGGGUGUGUGUGGAGCAAAAUGGAAGAUGGAAAAAAAACAUAUCUGUUUAGAAUAAGUAGUUUUGGAGAAAAGGGGGAAUGUGACGAUCAGGAACGGCUCACAUACGAGAGAGCAGAAAACCAAAGAUACAUUUGUAAUGCUUAAAGAACAGCUGGAAAAGAUGGAUGUAAAGAUGGAAGAAGAAAGAAAGAAAGAAAGAAAGUGAUGAAAUGGUACAAAGAGACGAUGCAGCAA